CAAAAGGAACCCCACUGUAUAGUCGGUUGUCAGCGCAUUGACAAGCAUUCACAGACGUUUCGAUGUCGCUUCGCAUUCGUGCCUCGCUUGGUGUGGCAUGUGCUGCCUUGGUGUCGGCAGCAACCCUUGUACUUGGCCAGCCUAUACACGUGUACCCUGCAGAGGGUUUAGCCGACGGGAUCACAGACCACGAACUCAAAAACAUUGCCCAAGCAGCCGAAUUUCACAAAGACUGGCACUGGAAGUCGAUUGGGCAGGAGACGAAUCAUUUGGCAAAGGCGACAAAGUUCGAGGUCCUGCGUGGCUUUCAGCUCGAGCACGAUCCCGUCGCGCCAACCAGUCGACAGGCAUAUGUUCGAGGCAUAUUCAGAUCAGACGAUGGCGAACCUCUGAAUGUCGCUCAUCAAGACGUCAAAGACGGCAAGCACGGCGACUUGGCAUCCCACGCUCACGGAGUUCCCCUGGCUCCUUAUCAGCGCUUGUACAAGAAUGGCUAUCGCUACGAAAGGAAUGCGGCACCCCAACGCAGCGAUGGGCCCAAUUUCAGUCCGCAUCGGCGAACAAGCGUCUUUGUCAAGCCGCCUUUGGGACUUGGCCCACGAGACCACGAAGCCGAAAAGCUGACUUGGGCGGCUGUCCAGCGAUGGCAUCACAAUCUCAAAGACUUGAAUGCAAACGACGUGCAUCACUACGAGAUGCUUCACUUGCUGAAACCGCAUCCCGAGACGGGAAAGGCGUACACUUCGGUUCUCGCAUGGGAUCAUCAGGAGCGUCUGCUCUCCAGCCAAUCCAAGCCGGGGACGUAUGUGCACGAGGUGCCCCUGCUGCUACCCUCGCCAGAAAAAGAGGGAGCCGAAUCCGUCUUGGGACUACAUCCAUCGGUAGCAAAGAAGAUUACGUCCAGCAAACCUCUCAGCGCUGACGCAAGACCGUACAUUCCAGUGUCACAAUCGAGAGCCUCCAGCUCACGUGGCUCAACAAACGUCGCGGCACACACGCCAGGGGAGACUUUGCAUUAGCUGCUAGCGGAGGGACUACAGUAAGUUGUCGGCCGGAUCAUACGAGCCCGCGACGUCAAUGAAGGCGCGGGACAGUCAGCGCCGGAAAUCUAUGCGAGGCUCUUGGUCGAGCACGCGAGAAUUGAGCAAUG